AUGCAGCUGCGGGUCAUUCUACCGCUCCUUCUCUCCGCGGCGAGUUUGUCUUUGGGCGCCUCAGUCCCCAAGACCUGGCCAGCAUUCAACCAGACCAGCACGAACACCCAGGUCUCCGCCGUGCCCAUCGGGGCCAUCAUUGAUCACUGCGCCAUCCCGGGGACCAUUGCACUUACCUUCGAUGACGGGCCAUACAUCUAUACAGCACAGAUGCUCGACACUCUCGCCCAGCGCGGCGCCCGCGCAACGUUCUUCCUGAAUGGCCGCAACAAGGGAAGCAUCGACGCCUUUCCAGACUUGGUGCAGCGAGCCCUGGCCGAGGGCCACCAACUCGGAUCUCACACAUGGAACCACCCGUACCUGCACACGCUGGACUACCCAGAAAUCGUCGCACAAAUGACCGAACUCGAAGCCGCCUUCCUGCGCAUCGUCGGCGUCUUCCCUACCUACAUGCGCACCCCGUUCCUGAUGUUCAACGGCCUCGUGCUGACCGCCAUGACCGAUCUGGGGUACCAUGUCAUCGGGGCCAGUAUCGACACCAAGGACUACGAGAACGACGACCCUGGUCGGAACUGGCUUAGUUUUGAGAAAUUCCGGACUGAGCUCGACGCUGGGGGCACGAUUGUUCUGGCCCACGAUGUUCAUGCGAACACGGUCGGGAUCUUGGUGGACAAUAUGUUGGAUGAGAUCGAGGCGCGCGGGCUGCAAACUGUUACCGUCGGCGAGUGUCUGGGGGAUCCGGCCGAGCUGUGGUAUCGCACGAAGCGGUAG